UUGUACAAGCGUUUAUACACUAGAAGAACACUGGAGCAGUCCAGUUCACCAACCAUCCUGGAAACGAACUCUGGCUGUAAACCUGGAGGAUUACAUUGGUGCUUUUGCAUAGAAGGGAGAAAAAGAAUCAUGGAUUUUCUCAAUCAUAACUAUUUGAGUGCGCGCAACCCAUAUGACUAUACCUUUAAUUUUUGGAACGACUAUCUGGGUCUGUCGACGUUGGUCACGAAGAAUAACAAGCACAUGAUGCCCCAAAGCCCAAACUCCAUCACCGAGUCCCUGAAAGCAACCCUGGGUUUGGAUGACUCUCCAGAAUGUGCGUGCGUAAUCUCGGGCAGUAGUGGAGGCGGACACCUGGACUGCUGUUGUCCAUCCGCGAGCCCCCCGCCUACCUCCAUCCUGGACUUGAAGGAGCGCUUUUCAUUUCUGAGUCCAUUCCAAAACCAAAUCGGUGGCAUCCCACUACAAGACCGGGACUUGGGCUUCGGGGGGAGCUUCGCAGGAUUUGACCUGUUCGGAGUGGAGAGGAAGAUGCGCAAACCAACGUCAAGGAAUAAACAGGAGCCCAAAAUCUGCGUCUUCUGCAGGAAUAACGGUGCGCCGGAGGAGGUGUACGGCUCCCACGUUCUGAAGACACCGGACGGGAGGGUGGUGUGCCCCAUUCUUCGGGCUUAUACCUGCCCUCUUUGCAGUGCCAAUGGUGACAAUGCGCACACAAUUAAGUACUGUCCACUCUCCAAAGAUCAACCAACCCAGCGACCAUUAAAGGGAGGGAGGGCAGUGGGUGGUAAGCGAAUGAAAAUAUUCUAGAGAUAGAUUUGUACACAAAUAAAGAAACUAAAUUGAAUUGCACUGAACAAUUUUCAGAUGACUGUUUCCAUUGCGGCUAUAGCAUAUCCCAGUCCUAAUGGCUAGGCUACAUGACUUCAUAAACAAAUAAAACAAUAUAUUGAUUUUAUGCUUUUUCCAAAAUCUCUUAUAUUUUUAUAGUUGCUUUAUUCACAUAGAUGUUUUUAUUCGUUAUACAUUGAAUUUAUUUUCUCCUUAUAGUGUAUAGCUCUUUGCGUGUUCAUUUAAAUUCACCUAUAUUCAUAAUCACAAUGUGUGAAUAAAUGCUGAAUGUUUCGUGGGGUACAUUGAUUUAUGAGGGCGUGAGAAGGUUGUGAUUGUCAUGUUACCAGUACUUUUUACUGUAAGCUUAGCUAUUCUUUUCUCUUUGAAAACCAAAGUUAUGUUUGUCAUUAAACAAGGGUAAGAAUGUUCAUGAAUAAAACUAUUUCCAUUCAAGAUGUCUGUAAAACAAGGUAUGGCUCUUUGAGGCCCAUUCCUCGGUCUGCCACUCCACAACACAGUUUCAAACUUGCUCUGAAGUUGACAUGUAAUAUCUGUAGCAUAAAAAAACAAGACAAUGACAUCUCUGUUAUGGCCUGGUGUUUUCUGGGUAACUUCAUACUCAAUAAUAGCCAAGCCAAAUGACUCAUCGCCCAUGUCACACAUCACCCAGACUUAUGAAUAAUCAUUACCCCAAUAAGAUAUACCCUUGAUGUUUACAUUCCCACGAGAGGGUAACACACUGGAUAUAAUUGCUUGUAGGCAUUUCUUUUCAAUGCAGUUUUUCUUUUAUCAACAAUUACCCCAAAAAGUCCUCAACAGAGGACUGAACUGGGGAGGCAAGGAGUGCUCUGCAAUGGUAGAGUCAGGAGGACAAUUCACCUUGAGGAAUAGUGGGAUAGCGCAAAUGAAUGUUAUUAAACAAGCCUUUCUAAAAACAAUGUAUUAGCCCCCUUUUGCAUUAUUUCCCUGAAUAAAUCCAAAAAGAUGCAAAAUUAUUGUGAAUGUAAGAUGGAAAGAUGGAAAGUUGUCACUUGUGAGACUGCACAUUUCUGACAGUUAUGUUAACCAAAGGAUUAUACCAUUUUAAUGAACUGAAAUGAGGAAGAGAGAUUUGCUGUAUUGUAUAUAAAGUUGACUUACGUUUAUUCAGUAUUUUAGCAUUUCAAGUGACUUCAGAGGGUACUACCUCAACAGGAUUUUGUACUUACAUGUAAAAUGUCAACUGCAGUUUAUUAAUAUAGUGCUGCCAUUUAUAAUAAGGGUUUGAAUAGUAUUUUUGAUCUUUGUAUAACAUAAUUGUAUUUUUCUUUUGCUGCAUUCAAACAUGACAAAAGUGUAUUUCCAAUAAGCUCUACUCAUUCUUCACCAAAACGUGAUUGUCUGUAUAUAGUGUUAUCCCUACUUUAACAGUUUACGUGUUCAAUGUUACAUUCUUGGGGUUGUUUGCAAGAGAAUGGGAUAUAUUGAAAACAGUUGACAAUUUGCCACUUGUAACAGAGGUUUUUGAUUAAAUGAAAUGAGAAAAAAGAAACACUGUUGAUCUUUGUUAUUAAUAUUUUACCACAAUUUCCCUAUAUGCCUUGUGUGCAGAAUAAUACUAUAUGAAUGAAUUAAUCCCUGUAUGCUGCCUGUGCAGAAUAAUACGAUAUGAAUGAAUUAGUCCCUGUAUGCUGCCUGUGCAGAAUAAUACUAUAUGAAUUAAUUACAUGAAUAAAUAGCUUAUCAAAUAUUA